CCUAUAUAUCUUCACUUCAAUUUCCCAGACUUUCAUGUUAUCUCAGCUUCAAUUUUAUUGCACUUUUACUGAAAUAGACAUUGAUUUGCAUGGUUCCCACGUAAGAAAAAAACAAACAAUAUUCUUAUAUUCACAUCAAAAAAAGGCUCUACCAUUCCACUAUAAAUUCCUUGUUUUAGUACCUACCUCCCUUUCUUGUUUUAGUAGUUUUCUAGGAAUCAUGGACCUAAAACAACUGUCUGCUGUCAGAGAUGAAUCCUCAGUUACCAUGAAUGAAUCCGAGGAAGGGAAAAAGAGACUUUUGGAUUGUUGUACAAAAGAUGGAUCAACAGACAGGCAUGGGAAACCAGCAAUCAAGGCAAAAACUGGUGGAUGGAAAACUGGAUCUCUCUUAUUAGUCAGUGAAGGAUUGGCAGCAGUUGCAUUUACUGGAGUGGAAGUGAACAUGGUUCUUUUUUCAAAGACUGUCCUAAGGCAGUCAAAUGCUGAAGCAGCAACCAUGUUCAGCAAAUGGAUGGGAACACUUUAUAUUUUCUCUUUACUAGGAGCUUUCCUAAGUGAUUCCUAUCUUGGAAGAUAUCUUACUUCUGUUGUCUUUCUAGCGGUUAUGAAUGUUGGUUUGGUGGUAUUGUCUUUGUUAACUCAAGCAUUUAUGCUUGAACCUGAAGGCUGUGGCAAGUUGGGAGAGCUAUGUAAACCUCAAUCACAAGUUGAGGUUGCCAUGUUCUAUUUAUCGAUAUACCUGCUAGCUCUUGGGAGUGGCUCUAUAGAACCAGCACUAGCCACACUAGGAGCUGAUCAAUUUGAUGAAGAGGAUCCAGAAGAAAGUCGUUCCAAGACGAAAUUCUUUAGCUAUUUCUAUGUUGCUCUAAACAUUGGAUCAUUGGUUGCUGAGACACUUCUGGUUUAUAUGGAAAACAUGGGAAGAUGGGUUAUUGCCUUUUGGAUAUCAACAGCUUGUGGCUUUGUUGCUCUGCUCUCAAUCAUAAGUGGUGCCCCUAGGUACCGCCACAUUAGACCUUGUUGCAACCCCAUUUCUAGGUUCUCUCAGGUAAUUGUUGCGUCUAUCAGGAAAACAAAGCUUACAAUUCCUACAAGUGGAGAGGAAUUAUACGAAGCUCGUGGAAGAAAUGAAAAGGACAGCACCAGAAGAAUCUCACAUACAGAUGACUUCAAGUUUCUUGAUCGAGCUGCAGUUAUAGCCCCAUCAGACAUGCUGAUAUUACCCGAUAAAAGUGAAAUUCCCAACCGAUGGAGGCUCUGUACUGUGACACAAGUUGAAGAGGUCAAAUGUGUGCUGAGGCUACUGCCAAUAUGGUUCUGCACAAUCUUGGCAUCCAUUGUCUUUGUGCAAGUGCUAUCUCUCUUCGUCGAGCAAGGAUCUGCAAUGAACACAAGCACAAUGAUCUCGGGCUUUCACAUUCCACCAGCAAGCAUGACAGCAUUUGACAUCAUAAGCACAUCCACCUUCAUCAUUUGCUAUGAGAAGAUCUUGAUUCCUUUGUAUGUAAAACUAACCAAAAGUAAGCCUAAGCUCCCGAGUGAGCUACAAAGAAUAGGGAUAGGAUUGGUCAUUUCAACAGUAGCUAUGGUGAUUGCAGGCUUGGUUGAACAACACAGACUAAGGUUUGCUAAUGAAGGAGGGGAAGAGACAAGUUCUUUGAGUAUUUUCUGGCAAACACCACAAUAUGUGCUUGUAGGAGUAGGGGAAGCAUUCAUCUAUGUCGCUCAGUGGGAAUUCUUUGCAUCACAAAUUCCCGAUAGUCUGAAGAGCAUGGGUCUUGGCUUGUCCAUGUCUUCCUCAGCACUAGGUAGCUACUUGUGCAGCAUCAUACUAAGUGUAGUAAUGAAGAUCACAACAAGGCAUGGAAAGCCAGGUUGGGUACCUGCAAAUUUAAACGACGGGCACUUGGAUAGGUUCUUCUUCCUUUCAGCUGCUUUGACUGCACUAGAUCUUGUACUAUUCGUUAUGUGCGCUAAGAGGUUUAAGUUUAUAGCACUAGAAAAACGAGAGGUAGGACAGGAGAUGGAAGCUACAGCUUGAACUAAUGAAAACUGUACCUCCUCCGCAACAAUUGUUCUAUUGUUUAGGAAGUAAACACAAAAUAUCAAGCUGAGCAUUGUGGAGACUUACUCAAGAGGAAAGAAGAAAACUAAAUAGAAAGCAAAAGAAAGCAUGCUUUAGUUACUGAAUGUUUUAUAUUUUAUGACAAUCUUGGCAUUGACCAAAACCUCACUUGCAAUCUUGAUUUUGCUUAUAAUGCUUCAUGGAUCAUAUUGAUGCCAGAACAGACAUGUUUUCAUGCUUUGGCUGAGUUCACUCUCCACUUGAAACCUCAUAGUACAAGACUUGAAAUAUUUCGAACAUUGGAAC